AUGUUGCACAAGCUCAAGUCAAUGGAUCAGUUGCAACGAGAGGCCAAUAUGGAACACAACACGUUUGCGGAAAGAGAGCCGGAACCCGCCAAGUCGCUGGACGAAAAAGUCUCGUUCACCUCUUUUUUGGAACGUGUUUCUCAUAAUAAGGACUCCGACACGAUCUCGGUCAAAUACACGCGAGCGAUUCCGGAGUUUAUCAUCCGUCGAUACGACUCGAACCAGAUCAUUCUGAAUCGGCCCGAAUACGCAAGCGUCACCACCGUGGAGCAGAAAAUCGCCAGCUACAGAGAGGAGGUCAAGGAACGGCUCAAACUGCACUAUUUGAACCGAUUGUUUGACAUUCUUGACCAGAUGGGGUUUGUGUUCAAGACGCGGUCCACAAACUGGAAAAGCGGAAAAUUCUACGCCCAGAUGUUGUGUCAACAGGACGUUGGUAACAAACGCAAAGAUUUGAGUUUAUUGGUGGAAGACGCAGAAGAAAACGAAUCCGAGAGCGACACCGACGAGGUAGUCAACAGCUCCAAGUCUGAGGUUUCCCAGCCGCGCAAUAUGCUGUUGUAUCCGUGCCACUCGCGGCUAAAUUACUCGUUUGACUCAGUCAACGGCCAAUUUUCGCUGGAAUAUAACCAUCUGAACCACCAGCACCUGCCAACCACCAACCCGAGCGACCCAAAGUCAAUCGUACAUCCGCAGAAUUCGGCAGUCAACAUUGCCUCGGUCUGGGCCAAGAAAAUGUCCCAGGAACCACAGGUGCCAGACCAGUCGGACAACGCAUCGCGAACAAAACAGCUGGUGGCUCCCGAACCGCGCGACAACGGCGCCAGCAAGGUCCAGACUGGAUCUGCGCUCGCAAAUGCUCUGAACUACCUCCACAGAAACAUAUCCAGCAAGGAAUCGACAUCAGAUUAA